GGUUUUACUCAUGGCUAUUAAACGUGUAGCUUUUCAACUGUUUUUUCUAGUUAUUUACGAAUAGUAAAAUCAAUAUUUGAAUUGUUAACAAUGGAAUCAGAGCAGUCUUGUUGUUCAUCCUCCGCGUGCUGCGGGGCGCCGGUUCAAAAAGGAUGCUUCAUAUUCGCCAUCAUAAAUGCCAUAUUAUGCCUCGCAGCUUCUCUCGGAAGCCUCGCUUUCCUGAUCUUUGCCCUGUACGCGUGGUUCGACGGAGAAUCCCGAGGCCCUAACGACAUGGUGCUGGUGUACCUGUUCACGGGAAUGGCUGUGGGGUGCUGUGUGGGCAGUGCCUUAGCGCUCACGUUCGCCGUCGUGCUGGUUGUAGGAAUUCGCAGAGGCAACAAGGGCUACGUGAUGGCCUACCUGAGGUACGGCAUCGCCGUGGUGGUGCUGAGCGUGCUCGGCUGCCUCGGGUUCAUCGGACUCGAGUGGGGGGAGACCGAGCUCAUGAAGUACGCUUUGAUCCCUCUCGGGGUUUGUGUUUUAUACUCGUUGAUGCUGAUCCCCGUGUACCAGACCUACGUGGUAUUUUCAAAAGGCGCUCCCGCCACACAAGCGAGACUGCUCAACACCUAUGAUAUCUGAAGACCACUGAUCUAAAGUCUAACCUGAAGGCCGCAAAAACGUCACGCCUAGAUCUGAGGCCCUACGAUAAACGAAAAUUGAAAUUUCGUUAUCUACCUCUGUAUCAAAUAUUACAUAUUUGAGCGAUAGAGAUGACUUGCUUUUUCAGUCAGUCUCGAUACAAAAAGUACUGAGAUUCACUGAAGUCGUAAGUACUUACAUGACAAAUACGAACGUUUCCGAAAAAAACGAUAACAGCCAUAAAAUAACCAGUUUAUUUAAAAUUUGUUGCACCAGAAAUGGUAAUAAAUUUUCCAUAAUUAUGAGGAUGCGUGGUGCGGCGUGCGGCAGAGAACAGUCAGUUGGAAGGCUUCGUAA